AACAUGAUUGUCACCGUGACGACAGAGUAAACAUCUAAUCAAAAAAUGGCAGGCGUUAUUUAGUUUUGAAAUGUAGACUUUUCUGACAUUUAAUUAUUUAAACUUAUUUAUUCCUAAAUAUGUUGAACCAAGUCUCUGUGGAAGCUGUUUAUUCAGCUACUUACGUAGAAAAUUAUUUGGACUGUGUAGAAAAUCUCCCUGACGAAGUUCAACGCCUGAUUUCAAGAAUGAGAGAAUUGGAUGUUAUUUAUUUAGCUAGACUAAGGGAAGUGGCCAUUCAGACAGAAAAUAUGGGCAAUGACAAUCAUGCAAAAAAGGCAAAAAGUUUUUUAAGGAUGCAACAAUCUCUAAUAGCAGCCCAAGAAUUAGGAGAUGAAAAAAUGAGUCUACUGCAGGCAAUUUUGGACAAAAUAGAAAUUAAAACUAGGUUAUUAGACCAGGAUCUAAAAAAUUUAGAUUUUGGUAAAGAAGAACAGACACAAAUUGAGAUAAAGGAACAACAAUCUCCCCUAGUUAACACCCCCAUCAACAAUAAUAAUGGUAACAAUACCAGCACUAACAAUAAUAACAGCAAUUCUGUGAAUAAUGAUAGACCUGCCAAGCGUGCUAGAAGAACAAGGCAUGAUACUUAUACAGGUGCAGAAAGUAAUGAUGCCAUACCAGUAGAGCAUGUUCUUAGAAGCCAAGUUCCAGCUACUACCCCCACCAAUACUGUUCAGCAAAAGAAAACAUCUACAAGUAAAAAGAAAAAACGCAAAUCCCGUCAGAAUACCCAAAUACAAAAAGAAGAAACCCCACCAAGAGAUGAAGAACCACUCAUCGAUCCAGACGAACCCACGUAUUGUCUCUGUGAUCAAAUUUCUUAUGGAGAGAUGAUAAUGUGUGAUAAUGAUCUGUGUCCUAUUGAAUGGUUUCAUUUUUCAUGUGUAACAUUAUCUACAAAGCCUAAAGGCAAGUGGUACUGUCCAAAAUGCCGAGGUGACCGACCCAACGUGAUGAAGCCUAAGGCUCAGUUCUUGAGAGAGCUGGAAAAGUACAAUAAGGAGAAGGAAGAGAAGACGUAAUAUUAAGAACAUAUUUAGGGAAAGGUGUUAUUUAGCUGCAAGUUCAGAUCAUAGAGAUAUGUGUUAAAAUGAGAAAUUUGGCCUUAAGAUCUAAACAAAAUUUAAAUAAACCCAUUUUUAUUUUA